AUGUGCCUCAUAUGGCACCUCAUAUGCUGCGUCCUCACCAUUGUAGCCUACGUGGUUUGGUCCCACACGCGGCCGCAGCGGGUUGAGGGGGGAUCGUGGCGUGGCGCCCACCUGGCCUUCAGCGUUAUCGGUAUGGUCGCGUACGCGGUGGGUGGCGCACCGCUUUUUGUGUAUGCUUACAAGUACGGGCUGUCCUACAACCAGCGUCAGACGAGACUGCUGUGCGGCAUGGCAGUGGUGUUUCUCACGUGGUCUUUUCCUAUAUUUGUUAUUGAAAUGGGGAUGCUGCGCCGCGAGCACGAUUACAAAACCCCGCUUGAUGGCAUCGUCUUUGUUCUGAGCAUCAUAUCGGCCAUUAUUGGUGGGUGCGUCGUGUGGUUCAGCUACAUGCGUCUCGUCACGCAUUACAUGCACCAAUAUCAUGGCAUGGAACGGCAGAUUGAUCCGCAGUCCAAUAUGGCGGCGUACCCUAUGCAGCCGGUGCGUGCGUCAUCACGCGCCGAGCGACCGGAUACUAUUUAG